AUGAAUUAUAAGAGUCACGUGGAGGAUUGGGCUCCGUCACGUGUAUCAGAAUACCAAGAAGGUAAGACCUUGGGAACCGCAGUGGCGAAAAACAUCUUUGACGAAGCGAAAGCAAUUCAAAAGCUCUACAUACAACAAAAGGCCGUCCUUGCUUUGGUGGCCAAUGUCAGUAUUUUUACAUUGGAGAAAGCACUUGGUGAGCUCGGCAGUACGCGAACUCCGGAUUGUCUUCGACUUUGGUCUAGAUAUUCGAUCAAGGCUCUUGGAACUAAAAUGCCACCGGGCAGCGAGAAAGGAGGCUUAGGAGAACGAAACCGUAAAUUAUCUGCUAUGUGGAAAGGCCUUUCCAAGGAGGAGAAGCGUGUAUGGGACCCUCCGAUCUUCUACCUACUCUCACUACACAAUCCUUCAAUUCAAAAAUUUAUGAUGUCUCCUUCUUUUGCAUAUUUUUUCAGAUUUUUA